AUGAAAGCAUUUACCAUUCUUAUUAUCCUUGCUAUACUGAACUUAGGGUUAGUGGCUCCUGCACUUUCACUAUCAGAAGAUUGUAGAAGUGCCUUUUUGGAGUUCAUUACUGAUAACUCCACUGAAAAGUGUUUACCAGUUAAAGAAGUCCUUCGUUUGUCCGCGAUUGCAGAUCCUAAAGCAAAUGCAACAACGAAAGCAAAUACUAUUACAACGUUUGCUACUAAUGUAUGUCCAUUAUAUGAAAAAUGUGGCGACACAGAAAUCGAAAAAAUAUCUGAAAAUGGAAAAAAACUCAUUUCAACAGGCUGUGCUAAAGAUCUUAAUACUACUGAUCCGAUUGCAGUACUUGCACUUUCUGGUAUCACAUUGUACCCUCCAAUCAUAAAAUCUCUGUGUUUCCAGGACAAUUCUACGAAAUCUUUCUGCUUUCGCGAAGAUGCAGCUACAAUCCAGGCUUUGCCGCAACCGAACUUUACAUUUAUAGAUAAAUCUAUCGAUAAAGUUAUCUUCAGUGAUCCUAACCGCUUUUGUGUUCCAUGCUUUCAGAAUAUAAUCAACACUAUAUUUGAUUUCAUUUUCAAUCCAAAUGAUAAAGCGCGUGAAGCCUUUAAUGCUCUAUUAACACUCCUUGAAGUUUUAAAAGUACCUUUUACAUCAUUACAAUUAUCACAACUCAAAACUACUGUUAUGAUUAAGUGUGGUUUUAAGUUUUUAGAUAACCCCGGAAUUUAA